AUGGUCUCCGAUGUUAGACAAAAGUCGCUAGACGACAAUACCUCCGACCUUGAAGCCAAUAAAGCUUCAGCCCAAGAUGCAACUACCACAAACGCAACUGACGAGAGAGCGGCCUCUAAGCCCGACCCCGACCUUGUCGACUGGAAUGGAGAGGACGAUCCCGAAAAGCCGGUAAACUGGACCAUGAAGAAGAAGUGGACAAAUGGAGGCCUUUUGGCCGCGAUGACUCUCGUUACCCCUCUUGCCUCGUCUAUGUUUGCCCCCGGUGUAGAAGAUGUGAUGAUUGAGUUUCAUUCAACCAGCACGAUGCUUGCAUCCUUCGUUGUCUCCGUCUAUAUCCUUGGUUACUGCAUAGGACCGCUAUUCGUCGCACCCCUUUCCGAGAUGUACGGCCGUGUUCCCGUAUACCACGUUUCGAAUGUCUUUUUCGUCAUUUUCACUAUUGCAUGUGCUGUCAGUACUAGCAUGCCUAUGCUGAUCGUGUUCCGAUUCUUCGCCGGCGUCAUGGGAUCGACUCCCCUUUCUAUCGGAGGUGGUACAUUUGGUGAUAUGUUUAGGGUGGAAGAGCGAGGCGCCGCGGUUGCUGUUUGGUCGAUGGGGCCCCUGAUGGGACCGGUUAUAGGACCCAUUGCAGGAGGAUUCCUGGCAGAGGACGUUGGAUGGCGAUGGGUAUUCUGGAUCAUUGCAAUGGCUGCUGGUGUCUUGACCGUUGUGAUGCUCCUCUUUCUUAGAGAGACAUACGGAAUUGCCCUGCUUCAUCAAAAGGCCAAGCGUUUGCGCAAAGAGACUGGCAAUCUUAAGCUCAGAUCCGCGGAGGAUCUCGGCCUAACACCUACAGAGCUCUUCAAAAUAUCUAUUUUCCGACCCAUCAAGCUUCUUCUGUUCUCACCAAUCGUAUUAUGCCUGUCUAUCUAUAUCGCAUUCGUCUACGGCAUUCUAUAUCUCUUAUUUACCACCAUCACGAGCGUUUUCACCGACACAUAUGGCUUCUCUCAGGGACUGGCGGGACUGGCCUACCUCGGCAUUGGAAUUGGAAUGUUUCUGGGCCUCAUCAUCGUCGGCUUUUCCUCGGACAGGCUUCUGAAAAAGUUGAUCGCUUCCAAUAAUGGGGUAGUCAAGCCGGAGUACCGGCUGCCCCCCAUGGUUGUCGCAGGUCUGAUUCUACCAAUGGGUCUUUUCCUGUACGGCUGGACUGCCGAGUAUGAAAUCCACUGGAUAGUGCCUAUCAUUGGCACUGGCUUAGUCGGAUUUGGACUGAUCGGAAGCUUCGUGAGUGUUGCACUCCCUAUUUCCAUUUCCAGUUCAAUGCUAACAGACUCCCAGAUUCCAAACUCUACAUACCUCAUCGAUGCGUUCGGAAUCCAUUCGGCUUCGGCCAUCGCCGCCAAUACUGUCCUCCGGUCGCUUUUUGGUGCCCUGAUCCCUUUGGCUGGCCCGGCAAUGUACGAGAAGUUGGGGCUGGGCUGGGGUAAUUCAAUGCUAGGAUUCAUUGCUCUGGCUAUGGUUCCCAUUCCUCUUGUGUUCUUGAAAUUUGGUGAGAGGCUACGAUUGAAGCAGGUUUAA